UUACCCUCAGUUCUACUAUAAAACAAAUGGAAACAAUAGAACAAAUGCUUAACAUUAAAGUCAGCUAUUUGGAUGAGGAAACUAUGAAAAACUACGACAUAGAACAGUACAGAAACAGCCCAGUUAUUGAUGCCUCCACCUCAAUAGAUAAGACAUUAACAUCAUAUGCUCUUAACACUGCUUAUAAUACAGAAGUAGACAAGGCUCUUAAAAACCUUUCUCAAUUUUAA